AUGAAUCAAGAUUUUGCAGAAUAUAGAGUUUGUGUCCUCCAAGUUCGUGACUUGCGUGUCACGCAUGUAAUCGGUGACUUCUUAAAGAUUUUGCAUUAUACAAGUGGUGGUAUGGAAAAGCUCGUUACCCACCUCUCUAAUCUCUGCACAUUGCACAGUCACUCUCUUUCUCUUUUUUUUCUUCUUUCUUUAUUAAUAACACACUUUUGGGACACUACAAAUUGGCAUCCUCUCCCUCUCAUUAUCCUUCAUCCUUAUUUCCAAACAACUCUCACAAUAACCUCUUUACUCUUUGCUCUCUCUCAAUUUAUUUCUUCUAUCUUCUUUACACAAAUGGGAACUGUUGUGUAUCAACAAGGGUUUCAGUCAUCUCAGCUUGAUGAGCCUAGAGCUUUAAGGCUUAGGCUCUCUUCUCCAAAUCCCCCCUUCUCUCAGCCCUUUGGUUUAGCUCUCAGGUCUCAUCUGCUUGACUCCUUUAAUACAGAGGACACUCGAACCCUUAACAAUGACAAACCAGUUGCUUCCUCGGGUCAUGAAUCAAGUGGUUGGAGCUUUCUCCAAUCCCUUUCUUCUGCCUCCUCCUCCUCUCUCUCAAAGAUGACGAGCUAUGAGAAAGAGAAGACUUAUGUUCAACGUCCAUCUUCUCGUAGAACUCUAAGCGACGAGAGCUUAGCAUUGUGCACUGAAAAUCUCGGAAGCGAAACAGGCUCUGAUGUUACUGAUGUCGAAGAUCUGUUCUCGCUUUCUUUAACUGACGUGCAGACCAAGAAACUCGGAGAAACAAGAACGUUGAAGAGUAGGAAAGAGAAUGUGAGCCCUAGUGAUCUCCCUCCUCCCUUGACCAGUAUGAGAGGGUCUCAAUGCAUUCAAAUGAGACCACACCGUGAAGAUGGAAGAUUGGUCAUGACUGCCACAAAGGCACCGCCUCGUAACAUGUGCUUUCAAGCUGACCGUAGCAACGGUCGUCUCCGACUCUCUAUUCUGAGAGACUCGGAUGAAACCGUAGAGGACGAAGAAGAGACAGUUGAGCCUAAAGAAACCAACGAGGAAGAGGAAGAGGAAGAAGAAGACGUAUUAGAUGAUGAUGAAUCGAUGGAGACUGUUGAAAGAUCAAGAAGAUGUGUCGAAGGCGAUCAGGAAAACAGGGGAUUGCUAAAUUGGGAAUCUUUGUGCGUUGCUGCUUCCUAAAAUAAGAAACUUCUAAUUUGCUCUGUAUUCACAGUUUCACAAAUGUUUCUUUUAAUGUAUUUUGUUUUAUUUUUUUAAUAGAAACAUCCCGUUUCCUUACUGUUUAAAAAUGUAGAUUUUUUUUUGAAUAAUUGUAGUAUGAUUCUAAAAGUUUUUUUAGUCUCAAAGACUAAUCACU